AUGGUGAGGAGUCUUGGGACUGUGCCCAAGUUUCUUAUCAAGCGAGUCUACCCCAUGCUAUAUUUUUUUGGGGGCUUGUCUCCAGAAUUACAGAGAUGUGAAUUAUGCCCUCAUAAGGAUGGUGCUUUAAAGAGAACAGAUAAUGGGGGUUGGGCUCAUGUGGUUUGUGCUCUGUACAUUCCCGAGGUGCAGUUUGCUAAUGUUGCUACAAUGGAACCUAUCGUGUUGCAGUCUGUUCCCCAUGAUCGUUAUAAUAAGACAUGCUAUAUUUGUGAUGAACAAGGCAGAGAAAGUAAAGCAGCCACUGGUGCUUGUAUGACAUGUAAUAAACAUGGAUGUCGACAAGCUUUUCACGUAACCUGUGCACAGUUUGCAGGACUUCUUUGUGAAGAAGAAGGCAAUGGUGCAGAUAAUGUUCAAUACUGUGGUUACUGUAAAUACCAUUUUAGUAAACUGAAAAAGAGCAAACGGGGAUCUAAUAGGUCAUAUGAUCAAAGUUUAAGUGAUUCUUCCUCUCACUCUCAGGAUAAACAUCAUGAGAAGGAGAAAAAA